UAUUGAUGAUUGGAUGAUGAUGUGCAUAAAACGUUAUCGUAGUGUGAACAUUUGGACUUAAAACUUUAUUUUAUCGACCCGGGUUGGGCUUUUUCUGAAAGUCAUCGAUCAAUUGAGUCCUAGCUGUGAAUUGAGAAUAAUUUGAAAAAGUGCAGCGCGUUCUUGGUCAUUACUGAGCGUGCAAUAUUUUUGGUUAAUUCGUUCUAUUCUCUAUAAAGUAAACGAUUGGUGCCGACUUCACUCUUUUUUUCGAACCAGUGCGCAAUCUUAUCUAUAAAUUGAAAACGAAACGAACGAGAUUUGUCUCCUAUUGUGCGAUAACGAAAUAAAAGAUCGGCUGGUGUGGAAAUUUCUCGUCAUUUUGCAACGAUGGUCAAGACAAAGAAAUUUAUUUACGCCAAAGCGUUCGAGGGUGAACCGAAGGUGACGGACUUUCAAUUGGUUGAAGAGGAAUUGCCGCCGCUAAAGGAUGGAGAGGUCCUAUCCGAAGCAAUUUACCACUCUGUCGAUCCAUAUAUGAGGCCGUACAUGGCUCGUUAUCCGAUUGGCGUUACAAUGAUCGGUGGCCAGAUUGCGAAGGUCAUUGAAAGCAAGAACACAGCUUAUCCAGUCGGUUCAACGAUUUUCGGAUCAUUCGGAUGGCAGACGCAUACCAUUUUCAAUCCAUCAGAACAUAAAGAUCCGACCAAAUCGUAUGUACUUCCAUCGUUCGGAAAACAUCCAUCAUCGCUCGGUUUGGGUGUACUGGGAAUGCCCGGCAACACGGCAUACUUCGGGUUCCUCGAAAUCUGUAAACCAAAGUCUGGUGAAGUGGUUGCAGUCACUGGAGCAGCCGGUGCUGUAGGCACAUUGGUCGGUCAAAUUGCUAAACUGAAAGGAUGUAAAGUAAUCGGAUUCGCUGGCUCUGAUGACAAGUGCUCCUGGUUGACCAAUGAACUCGGGUUCGACCAUGCCAUCAACUAUAAAACCGAAAACGUUUCGAAGGCACUGCGUGCCGCUGCUCCGGAAGGCGUUGACUGCUACUUCGACAACGUUGGUGGCCAAAUAAGUUCGCAGAUUAUCCAGCAAAUGAAAGACUACGGUCGCAUUGCCGUUUGCGGUUCCAUUUCUUCGUACAAUUUAGAUGUUAAGGACAUUCCUCAAGUUCCCAUUCUGCAGCCGAUUUUCGUAUUCAAACAGUUGCAAAUGGAAGGAUUCUUGGUGUGGCGAUACGCCGACAAAUGGAUGGAAGGCAUCAAGCAAAUGAGCCAAUGGGUCGACUCGGGUAAGAUCAAGUACCACGAGACGACAACGGAUGGAUUCGAAAAUUUGCCAAGAGCCUUGAUUGACAUGUUGAGAGGCGGUAACACCGGAAAGGCAAUUGUUAAGUCGUCAUUGUAAAUGCUGGUUGAUUUGAAAUAAAAAAUUUUGUUUGCUGGGCUCC